UGUAGUAUCUGGGAGUUCGCCUGCGACCUCCAGGAUUCGUGGCGUUCUCGCCGCUCAAUGUUCCAGUCCUUGACAAGCGUCCAUUGCUCCGGUAGAGGAUCCGCUAUUUUCAUCACCUGGGCCACGUUGAUCUUUCCAUACGAAGAAUCUGGAGUAGAAGACAUCGCACGCAUCAACUAUCCUGACUUUGGAUACCCAAAACCUCUAUUGUUCGCUUUGUUUGCGAUAAACUUAAAGCCUUUUUGGGGCCACUUAGUAGUAAAGGUGUUCUAAUAUCGUCAUGGAAACCGAAGUUAUGGACUGCUUUUCUUACGAGAUCGCUGAUUGGCCAAAAGUAAGUACAGGAAUGAACUUAGUUUUGAUUGGGUGAGCUUAACAAGGGACUAAUAUACGGAUAAACAACUUGAAAAUUUGACUUUGUGUUGGCGACGCAGACAUGUGGAUCGAUUGUUGCGGAGAAGUUUCAUAGCGGGAUACUGAGAUUUGAGGCUGUAAAAGGCAAAUAACCGUUUGCUGUUCCCCUCAACCAAUAUUGGAUUGUAGUUUUACGAGCAAGACACUAAGCUCUUUUGCAAAAGUCGCUGUAACAAGAUGCCGCCUGUCUUGGUAAAGUGAAAGAAAGCCAAAGGGUUGUCUUAAGAUGGCUGGAAUAACAUUAAAUGGUGAGCAUAAGGGUCAUAAGUGAAACAAAACAAGCAUUUUGGGUACAAGAGCUUCAAGUUUGGCACAGUAAUACCUGUAGUUAGAAGCAAGAAUAUCUACCCAUCACCAUGUCUCACCCAGACCAAGACCGCGUGUGGUUGACAGCGGGCAAUAGGGUGCAAGACAGAGAAUAUCUAGAUCCCAACGCCCUCUACAACUUUUUUUCAAGUGCUAAUGCCGACAGGCUAUAUAACAGAAGGGUGAAAAGUGCUACUCCAAGGUUUAAUACCUCUAUGGGAGCUACAAAAGCAAGGAAUCAUGCCUAUGGCCACCAGCCAGGGUGGGAAACACCAAAUUUAUCUGUUGGCAUGCUAAAAAAUCCUUCUCCUACUCCUGUAACAUCACGGCCUGCAUCAUCUCGAAGUGGGUAUAGUUCAAAGUCAGGAACAAAAUCUAUACACUCCUCACCAACGGCUAUGUACCUAGGAUUCCAAAGGACACGAUGCAAGUCUGCACCACCAAGACAUUUUAGAUAUGUGCCAAAGAGGCCCCAGACAGCAAGUUCUGGAGCAGGCUCCAGUCGACCUGUAUCAAGGGGUGCGCCGCAAAGGGCAUGGCAGCUAAGAACAAGUUCUGCUUCAACAUCACGAUCAUUACUUUCUCCUGAAGAUAUCCAUAAAAGACAAAAAGAAAGAUGCAAAUCUGCCCCUUUGCCAUAUAAUUUUAGUGCAGUUGAACUUGUAACGAAGGUCCCAAGUGACGGCAAUGAACAUGACAAGCUUUACGCCAUGACAAGGCCAUUGACUUGCAUGCCCAAUAUUAUACAAAAUGCAGUGACCCAUAGUGGUUUAAGACACUGUUGUUCUGCAUACAAUACCCGGCCUAAAACAGCAACAGACACAAGACAUGCACAGUUUUGGCCAGUUGCAAGACCAUCUGUAUACAGAAGAGGUCAAGUUCCACAGUACCUUCACUUUGUUACGCCAGCACCCAUCUCUGGUCAAUCACCCACCAACCUGACCAGCGGGUAUAACACCCAGUCAGAUGAGGAGCCUGACACCCUGCCCGAGGAAGAUCUGGAUGAGAUGGUGUUGUUUGAAGAGAGCUUUGUGGUACCUGCCACACCCACUGAGCCGUCCUUGUCAGAACAGUACGACCCAUCAGAACUGGAUGAAAGAGAUGUUGCAGACAUGGGUGAUAUUGUUGAGCAAUACCUUGAUAUGGCAGACAACUACAACAGCACCAACAACACCCUACUCCAUCCUCCGGAACAGUACCCUCUUCCUGUCGAUGACAACAAGUCAGACUCUGACUUCCAGGAACCAGAAGUACAAAUACUUAUUACAAGAAAGUCACCCUCACCUGAACCAGUGGAAGAGCCAGAGGCAAUAAGUAAUACCCCUGAGCCAGCACUGGAAACUACAGAACCCGAAGCCAAAGAGACAAAUAAACCAGAUGUGAUAACAGAACACGAUAAUGUGCAGGAAGAUGAGCAGAAAGGCGAAACAAGUGAUAGGGACACCAAGCAAGAAGUUCCUUUUAUUAAAGAGGAGCAAAUAGAGGAUAAGGGACCUGAAGUAAGAAAUGAUAUGGAACCUCAUGAGACAGAUGUCCCUUUGCAAGAACCAAUAAAGCCCCCUGAACCUGAGCCCCUAAAAGAGGCUCCUCCUCCUGUAAGCAUUAGUCCCGCAGAGCCAAAAGUCAAGUUCCUUGAUUCAGUCAAAAUAUCAAGUUAUAAACCACCAGAGCCAAACCCUGUAGCACCAAAGGAACCACCAAAACCAAUCCUGAAGCCCACCAAGGCUCCUGAGCCAAAACUGGCUCCAGCGCCAGCUACACCAGCAAAGACAGAGCAACUGAAAAAGCCUAGAGCCAAACCAACAUUUGAGAGGCGUGAGGCUGAUAUCAAGUCACAGCACAAACCAAGUCAACUGCCAACACCAUGGGUUGAACCAGAACCAGAAGCUGAGAAACAAGAGGUAAAAGAAGAGCAGAAAGAAGAAGAGAAACCACCAACACCUGCUCCAUUAGAACCUGAGAGGCUUCCAGACCCAGAGUUUGUCAGAGCCCCAGGUGCCUAUAAAAUGUACCAGCCAAUUGACUUAUUGGAAUAUGGGUUAGACAACGCUCGGCGGAACCAAACAGCUAAAUGGUCUACUCCUGCUGUAAAUCCAAUGCCGCAAGGGCCCAGUUACCACCAAAUGCUCCCUGAAAGCAGCCUAGUCAUCAAUGCCAUCAUGGAUGAGGAGAAGCGUAAACGUGAAGGCAUGAAACCAUGGCUACAGGGGAGACUUGCCCUCUCUAAACAGACCAGUAGAUUUGAGUUACCAAUGGAUGUUAAAGUUUUAGAGUCAAUGUCAGCGAUGGAUUACCUAACACAGUACUGUAUUAUAAGCACAAGAAGAAAAGCACUGUACAAGAAUAUUUUUCAGAAGACUGACAAGGAUAGGGAUGGGAUUAUAUCAUAUAGGGAACUAGACAAGGCACUCAAGGAGGUUCAUGUUGAUUCCAUCAACACAAGUCAAGUGAGACAAAUAGCAGAGAUGGUUGAGGCAGAUGACAAAACAAAAUUCAACCUAAAACAGUUCUCAGCUAUUGCUGCAUUCUCAGAAAGAAUCCUGUUUGCAGACUUUGUAACGGAGGAAACAAGAGGGCUCAAUAACACUCGGGAAAUCAUAGAAGAAGCCGACUUCUGCAGUUUAAAAUCGAAAUUGGAUGGAUUUAAGGUCAGCCCAACAGUGAGAAAGAUACUGGAUGUGUUAUAGUGAUAAAAUGCAGGAAAAAAAGUCCAAAUGGUUUGGGAAAACAAAGGUGUAUGAUUUAGAUAUUGGAUUUAAUAUUCUAUUUAGGACACCUUAUUUAGGCAAAAAGAUAGUAAGAACACAUUUAUAUAAAAUGUAUAUAAAUUUCAGGCUGGACUUUAUUUUGCUACACCUUUUGAUAGGAAAGAUUGUACUUUUUGUUUAAAAACAAAUUGAUUUUUUUGUGAAGGGGGCAAGCGAGGUGUAGGAUUUCACAAUGAAAAAUCACAAAAAAUACAAUAGAAAUUAGAUAGAAUAUCCCACUAACUGGAAGAAGCAUUUAUUUAAACAAAAUUGGACACAAAAUAUUUUAACCAAAUGUUGUAAAUAUUUAUAUUAAAUUGACAUGAGGCAUAUGCUAUUUAAUUGUGGUUAUUACCAAGUACAUACAUUCUCUUACCUUGUAAAAAAGGUUAUGAUUCAUUGGCAUACAGAUGUAUUGUUUAUUAUGAUAUUUAUGCACUAUGUGUCUAUGACAUAAAUACUGUAUUAUUGAGAAAUAAAAAAAAUCACAAGAGUGUAUUGUUAAGAAACAAA